UGCAUGCAGGGGGACUCUUUACACUCCUCUUAUUUGACUGGCUGCAGGUAUUGGUGUCUGCCUCUUCUGUGCGCGCCCACGCGUGCUUCUGUGUGUGUGCGUGUGUGUCUCACUGUGUGUGUGUCUGUAGCAGAGAGAGCAAGAGGAAGAGGAGCAGCGUUUCCUCUCCCCCCUCUGGCCUCCCCGUCUCCCUGCUCCCUGUCACUCCGUCCUUCCUCCCUCCCGGACUGCACCGGCCUGGACCCUGUACCCAUCAGUCCCUUUGACUCUCCUCUCUUCACCAUCCCAUCUCAGCCGCCGCAGAACUUCCUAUUGCGAAGAAGAAAAAGAAGGAAUUCACUGUUUAGAUCUACAAAUCCCUUUAAAAGAAAACAAGGCUUAGGUAGAACUGUACUGAACAGACUGAUUUCUCCUCAGGCUUCUGGAAGUGUGACAGCACCUGGUCACAUGACCUGGAAGAGAAAAGCCAGGAGACCUUUUGGAUCGCUCUCUGAAUGGGCCGGUUAUCAACCUGGAAAGAAGUCUAAAGGCUGAUGCGCUGAUCCACACUGCGACACAGCUGUGCUCUCUGUCGGCCUGAUCGGACCAUUUAUGACCUGACAGCCCCGACCCUGCACUUACUCUGGUGACUGGUUGGCUGUCAUUACCAUCUCUCUCUUCCUACUCCUGGGGAUUUCCUGUCACGCGACCAUACGCCAACGUCUCCUCCAAUCCCACCAUGGAAUCCAGCAAAGUGCAGUCUGAGGGCGGCCUAAACGUCACCCUCACCAUCCGCCUCCUCAUGCAUGGCAAAGAAGUCGGAAGCAUCAUUGGAAAGAAAGGAGAAACUGUAAAGAAGAUGCGUGAGGAGAGUGCUGCUCGCAUCAACAUCUCAGAGGGGAACUGUCCAGAGCGAAUCGUUACCAUUACAGGACCCACGGAUGCCAUCUUCAAGGCUUUUGCCAUGAUUGCCUACAAAUUUGAAGAGGAUAUAAUCAACUCCAUGAGCAACAGCCCGGCCACCAGCAAGCCCCCUGUCACCUUGAGGCUGGUGGUUCCAGCCAGUCAGUGUGGCUCUCUCAUUGGCAAAGGAGGCUCCAAGAUCAAGGAGAUGAGAGAGUCCACAGGAGCUCAGGUGCAAGUGGCCGGGGACAUGCUGCCCAACUCCACAGAGCGCGCUGUGACAAUCUCGGGCACCCCGGACGCCAUCAUCCAGUGUGUCAAACAGAUAUGUGUGGUCAUGCUGGAGUCCCCACCGAAAGGUGCCACCAUCCCCUAUCGCCCAAAGCCUGCCUCCACCCCGGUCAUUUUUUCAGGUGGCCAGGUAAGAGCCGACCCGCUGGCGGCGUCCGCAGCCAAUCUCAGCCUUUUACUGCAGCACCAGCCACUGCCUGCUUACACUAUUCAGGGACAGUAUGCUAUUCCACAUCCAGAUCAGUUGACCAAGCUCCACCAGUUGGCUAUGCAGCAAACCCCUUUUACCCCCCUCGGACAGACCACCCCUGCUUUCCCCGGUCUGGAUGCCAGUCCCCCGGCCAGUACUCAUGAACUCACCAUUCCCAAUGAUCUAAUAGGCUGCAUAAUCGGGCGCCAGGGAACCAAAAUCAACGAGAUCCGUCAGAUGUCUGGAGCACAGAUCAAAAUUGCUAAUGCCAUGGAAGGGUCAUCAGAGCGUCAGAUUACCAUCACAGGAACCCCCGCCAACAUCAGCCUUGCCCAGUACCUCAUUAAUGCAAGGUUCAGAGAUGUGGCAGCCAUGUGGAUUGACCCCUCAUCAAUGACUACAUCCUGAAGCCCCAAAUCUGCUCUCAUUAUCUGAAGCAAACAGCAGCCAUUUUCCCCCAUUAACUUUAUGUACCAGACUUUCCUACCCUUUCCCAAGCCUCUACCUGUAGAAUAACCUGUGUAUACAGAAUACUGUAACAGAAUAGGAACAUCCUGUGCUAUGUAGUGUUUCAGUAGUGUUUCAGCAUGCUGAAUGAUUCUUCUGGAUUGUCAUUUAUUUAUUUUUUGUUUGGUUGAUAGAUUAGUUCAACAUUACAGAAGCCCUGAACUGCACUAUCACAUACAAUAUGAAAUAAUUUCGACUUGAUGCCUCAUCAGUUUUGACUUAAUCACUGUGGACGUAUCUUGUUAGUUGAAGAUGUCAUUUUUUGUGUCCUCCUGACAUUUUCGCAGGUAUUAUCUUAAUUUUUCAUGAUUAUGUAAAGGAUAUAUCUCCUUAUUUCAGGAUAUUGUCACUGUUACCAUUAAUUGUCGUCAUUAUCCCAAGAUCUCUCAUGAUUUUGAGAUGUAACCUUUUUUGCAAUGUCACAUCUUGUGAUAUUAUGUCGUAAUAAAAACAUUAAUUGGAAGCAACGUAAUAUCUUGAAAUAAUAAGAACCCAGAAUAAGGACAUAAUAUCUUGCAAUAAGUUAAGAGAUAAAAUCAGAGAGAAAUAUUGAUUCUAUAUCAUGAAAUAAGUUACUAAGAUGAAACAGGAUAAAACCGUAUUCAAAUAAUAAGUCACGAUAAUGACAUUUAACGUUUCGUUUGUUUUCACAAGUUGCAGUUCAGGACUUCAGUAAAUUAUGGUUACUGAUUCAGUCACAAAAUUAAAAGAGAGAGAGAGAGAGAGAGAGAGUAAUGAAAGGAAGAAAGAAAAGAAAAGUAAAGAAAUAUGAUAUUUGGUUGGUAUCUAGUGGCGUAUGCUGCCACAUAGGGCUUGAAUACAGUUUAUUCCCCUCAGACAGUUUUGAUAUUCGAUUGCUUGCUCUUGUCAAAUACUGUGACUACAAAGCUGGCUGUUCUUUUAAUUUGAUUUCAAUUCAUUUUUUUUUUUCUGUGCAAGAGAAGUUGAUUUUAUUUCAAUUUAGCCAUGUGCUUCACUGUUAUCUUCUUGAUUGCAUCAAUAAAUACAAAUGCAUGAUCACUGUGCAGGUGUAAAGAAAACAAAAAACCUAAAAACGACAAAAAGACUUCCAGUAAUUAUCAGAUUACUAUUAAAGUUUCAGAAAUAAUUUUCAAAUUAUUUUAUUUUCUCUACUUUUCUGUCUCUCCCCACAAACCCUACCCCCGUCCUCUCCCCGUCCCUCCUCUCUUGACUGUUUUAGGCUGACGUCUGAAGUCACUGGAAUGGGCUCUCUCUAAUUUCUACCCAUCAUCCUUCACUGCAUCACAUGACCCUUGAGCCAAUGGCAUUACACCUUGGUUAUUUUUUUUUUCCUCUUCCUCUGUACUAGUUUUACCCUGAAUUUUAAAUUAUUAUAACAAUUUUAGAUUCUAUAAUCUCUGUCUAUUCAGAAUCGGCAGUUCGUGUUGUUCUUAUCGUUCCCGCAUUGUUAUCUGAAAGCUCCCCUGGUUUGUUUGUUUUUUUUUCCUAACCUCUUGAUUUUAAAGGACACUUUACUUUUUUGACACUCUAGUACCUUCCAUGUCACCAUAUAUUUUCACUGUGAGUCAUUCAUGUUGUCUUUCUUUUCUUUCCUUUCUUUUCAAUCCAUAUUCUGCUGUGCUGCUGGAUCUGCACCGCUGGUUUCGAGAUUAAUGUAUUUUCAACACUAAUAAGUAGUCAGUAGCUCACAAGGGCUCAGACUUUAACCUCACACAUGAGCUAAUGCCAGGAACAAACCGAGGGGAGAUCGAGGGGCUGCUGCAUUUUUCUACAUCUUUCUUUGCAACAUGACGCAACACACACUGUCCGUCAUCAGGCUGAUAUCCACAUUCACUUUCAGAGCUUCUGGAGACAUAAAUAAUAAACAAUAAAUAAAUAACCAGUUACAGCGCACAAAGGAGUGGAAUAGAAAUGAGCCAGUGUAGCUUGUGUCCUCACUAAAAAUAGAUUCAAAUUAAAUAUGAACAUAUUGAUAUAUUAGUUCAAGCCUCUAUAUUAUAAUAGUAUAUAUAUAAAAAGUGGAAUAAUCAGUUUGCUGAUAUCUACAAGGGUAAAAGUGAUUCACAGAAACUUGAUUCAUCGAAUGCAUGAUUCAUUUUUGAUUCAUUUCAAGAGUUUAAUGCACAGAAAAAAUUGUUUUGCCUGCAGCUAAUUCAGGUAAAAAAGCUGUAGGUUUCCGAGAGCUUUUUGAAGAUGUAGCCGCCUAAACUGCAGCUCAUACACAGCAAUAUGUCUCUCCUCUCUAUGUUGUAGCAUAGGUCAGUCCUGAGGUGAUGCAAAGUAUUGUAGCAAAUUGGGACCUGGGCUUCUACCUUUGUAAUUCAUCACGGAAAUUUCUUGGCAUUGACUUUUGAUUCAAGCCACCAUAUGACUCUUUUUGGUUCAGUCCAGACCUCUAUUUUCUUUCUGUCUCCGCUUGUUCUACCAUAUGUUUUGGCAAUUUCUUAGUGUUAUCAUCAGUGUUAACACCCUGUAACCUGCAGCUCCGUGAAAUCUCCAGUAAUUUUCCUGUGCUACUCUGUGUGUGUAAUCUGGAGUUAUUUUGAGACCCUUUCAGAGCCAAAUGUGUAGCAUUUUGCAAAAUGGUCGGAUGUGUUUGACCCGGUUUUAGCUCUGGUCAUCAGCUCUUCUUCUAAAAAAAAAAAAGAAAAAUAACACUCUGAACCACAAAGCCCUGUCAAGCGCACAUCACCUUUGUUGGCAAAAGCAAAUAGACUUAAUUAUGCUUAUUAUUACCGUGUUUCCAGCUUAGUGUUUAAAACUCAAAUGAACCGUGUGCACCUCAGUGUCAGAUUUAAAGAUCUGAUACUCAGGCUGAGUUGAAUGUAAUUCUUUCAUCGACUAUUCUUUAAACGUGAGACUGUAUUUCUACAGUUACUUUCCCCCCUGAAAUGUUCUUCAAAUCAGAAGGAUCACAUCCUGACCCGGUUUUCAAGACUCAGAUUAAGUGCAGUAAAGAAGAUUAGAAUUUAGCUUUCAAUCUGGGAUUAGAUUUAAUCCGAGAACGCUUAUGAAACCAUAUAUCUAUCCAUAAAAGGUUUUUAACAUUCUAAAAGUACACAUUCGUCACAUUUGAUGUGAGAGGGUCGAUUAAACAAUCCAGUUAUAUGCAAUUGAAUGUCAUUCCACUACGCAACAUGCUCAGAUGUAAUCAGACGAAAAUCUGAAGUUUAUUCGCGAAUUAUUUUCAGCUGUCAACACAAAACGUAUGCACGCAGUCAUCUCGAGCCGGCAACACGCUACACGUGACUGAGAUGAUGAUGUAAUAUUGUUGCUUUAAAUGAGUUAAGUUCAUUGAAAUUUCAUUAUAGUUUUAUUAAUGUCUGUGUCAGUAACAUAGAGACUCUUUUAUUAAAUGUCACACACAUUAUACUUUGCACUGAGUUGAAAUGUAGGAUUUUUGUGCCGGUGUCUUAGGCUGUAUUUAAACAUUAAUUUAGAUUGUAUGUUUCAGCAAGACUGUGUCUUGUAAUAUUCAUAUGGAAUGUUCUUUUUGUUAUGUUUUGGGUAUAUAAUGUGCCGUGCUGUAGCUCAUUAUACAGAAGCAUAAUGUUCUCACAUCUUAGUAUUAUUAUUAUUAUUAUUAUUAUUAUUAUUACAUCUUCAACAAUGCAAUAAAAUAGGUGUUCCAUGAUGUAUUAAAUCAAUUAAGCUAUAUACAGUGCCAUCAUGUUUCAUUUAUUUAUUUUAUUUUAUUUUUUUUUGCUUCAUCACAUUGCAUUUUCAUGUCUUCUUUAAAGACACUGCAUUUUCAUAUUACUUUUUGAGACACCCAACAGCUUAUUAACUUUACUGAUAGUCACACGGAAAUCUGUUUUCAAUCAAUUAUCAUCUUUCAUACAUGUUUUUCUUGUUGUACUAGAGCAGCAAAAAAAAAAACAAAAAAACAAAACAAGGGCCCUUUUCCUCUUUGUGCUUCUGUAAAUUAUGCUGUUUGGAGUAAUUACUUAACAUUGCAUAAAUCGCUGCUUGCAGGUCUAUAUUAGUUUUAAAAGCCUGAGCUUAGGUUACCUUUGAAAUGUUUU